AGUACUGGGCCUGGGUUUACUGAUGGGAGUUGUCUUAACCAACUUCAGAUCCACUGUCCUGUGAGAAACAGCACUCUCCAGCACAAGAAUCCUUCGCAACAAGAAUCCUGCAACAGUAAGUGCUGCUUUUUCAUCAGUAUCUUUCUCUUGCACAUUGCCCUUGUGCGGCACCUGAGCCCAGAAGUACCUAGUGUGACCAGAUGCAAAGGAAGACUGUAUCUCAAUAAUUGUGUCGUUUGACAGCUGCAGUUUGUCAGCGCAGGAGUUGAAGCUACAGCUAGUAAAAAAAUCUCUGUUGAAAAGGACAAGAAUCCUAUCAUCCCUUAUAUCUAAUCCCCCGAGGGGUGUUCAGAGCUGCACCACAGCAACAAUGUAAGAUUCAGAGCAAAGAUGCCAUAAGGUUUUCCCUUAACAAAUUGUAACCCCUCUUUUUUAACUCACAAUCAUGAUGGUUGAAUAAUACAUUUGACUUUCAUUUUUGAUACGUUAAUGGAUGGUUUGAGGAUUCUGACUAGUGUGAGAAUGAUGAAAGAAGGAAUAUGGGGGAGUUAGCUCAAUUUAUUUUUUGACACUAGGUGUGUUAUCUAACGUAUCGACCACUAUAAUAGUUUUCCAACUAUAUUCUGGGGGGGAAAAGCCCCUCAUCCUUUCUCAUAAAUUUAGUAGGGGUCUCCCAAUGGGAUUAAUAAUGGUGGACAAACUUCCCUGAAAGGCAGCUUGACCAUUGAUCCAUUGCAAGGUGCAGUUCCAGGGGAGUUUAGGGUUCAUUCAAGGGAAACUCUCUCAUGACUUAGGGCAAUGACAAAGCCCAGCAGGCCUGGCCAGUGCCCUGGAUGAAUUGUGAGUGCAGCCUAGAACUUGAUGUGCAGUGGUUUUACAAUGCACAGGGGUUUCUCAAUGGACAAGUUGAUAUGGAAAAGUUUCUCUGAAGGCAGGAAAUCUGAAAACCACUAAAAUGCUUCUCUUGCCCCAUGCCUUUGCCUUUGAUUUCACAGUGGACAACUCUGUACCAACCAGCAGGUCUUUUUAAAUAUCUAUUUUUAUUUACCAUUCUUUCCUGAACCAGGCCAAACUGCUAUACUGAACCCCUUUACCUGCUCCAUUGCUGCCAUGCCACCCGUUUCUUCCCUACUCUGCCUCCAAUACUUGCUGACACUCCCAGAAUUCUUCCUCCUACACCAUGUGAGGGGGUGCUUGCCCAAUGUUGACUUCUAUAGCCUUUAAAAAAUCCUCUAGAGCAGUGGUUUGUACCCGUACACCCACAAAGAUGCCCUGCCUCUUGGUCAGAGGGUAUGUCUUAGCAUUUGCUAAUGGUUCCCUGUAUAGCACCCUAUUAAAGUCUAUGAAGAACACCAGGAUCCAUGCUGCUCCUUAGAGACUGCACUGUAAAUGACUCAGGGAAGUGAGCACUGCCAUCAGGAGUAUAGCAAGGUUUAAGUGAGGAGUGGGACAAAAAGUGAAAGUCACCCAGCCAGCGAGCCCCACUCUCUCAGGAGUCCAGGGAUAUUUGUCCCCCUUUGUUCCAUUAUAGCUUCACCCCUUAAUAGGCAAUGGCACAGCAGGAUCAGCACUGUUUAGCUAUGCAUUCAAAAGGGGAUAAAGAACACAAAGGUUUGCCUUUUAGUAUUACACAAGAGUGUUAACAUAGUGAGUUAACUGUGGGUUAGGUAACAGCCCUUCUCAUAGCAACCUUAUCCAGAGAACACAACAGAGACAGAUCCCCUAUGCAGAAUUCAGUUAUCUCAGGACUGCUCCCUUUCCCCCCUCUUUCAGAGCUUUGGUCAAAAGGUCGUUUCCGCCAGCAUAUUUGCACCCUCAUCCUGUGUGUAUUUACUCAGAAGCAAGCCCCACCAGGCUCAAUGGGCUUUAUUCCCAAGUAAGUGCACAUGGGAUUGCAGCCAAAGCUAGACUUACCAUGAGUUAGUAUUGAAGGUUAUAUCUAUGGCUCAGAGGCAGUGUGUUUCUGAAUACCAGUUGCAGGGGAGCAGUGACAGGAGAGUGGGGGUAUGCCUUCAUCUGCUUGUGGGCUUCCCAGAGGCAGAUGUGCAGGGCCAUACUCUGGUGAUUUAGUAAUAAAGAGUGACUCUCUCCUGCAAGCCUGUCUUUCCCCCAGCCAAUGGUGAUACCAGAGAGUCAUGUUCCAGGGCCCAAUAUCAGCAAAUCCCCAGGAUGAGUCUGCUUGUUCUGGGCUAGCUGUUAAAGCUACCAAGGUCUAGAUAAGCAUUGCUGAAGUAUUAUUUGCCAUGAACUGUCAGGUGCUGAACUGUCAGGCAGGUAGAUUGUAUCCUCGUUUCUUUUACGUCUGGGUUCCUGAGAGCUGACACAGUGUGAGCUGUGACCUACAAAGUCCCUGACACAAAUCUAACUUCACCCAUUAACGUACUAGAUGGACAUAGACAAACCAGUGAUCUCUCAGUCUCAGGUUCCAACCUGCAAUGUAGGGAUCAUAUACUGACCUGGCUUUUUUAAAGGAUUGUUGUUAAGAUGAGUGAAGGGAUUUGAACACUAAAAAGAAGUUCUGCAAUAAAACAUUUUUAUAAAGAUACAAGGGAGCAAUUCUUACAAUCAGUGGGAAGAGCUCUUCUAAGGUCUGUGGGGAGAGCGAGUAUUUCACCCCCCACCCCGAGUGUGCCUGCCGCGGCUACAAGCUGCAAACACAUGGUUAAGAAAAAUGAGGUCAAGGGAGCGCUCAUUGCCUUAGCCUCAUUUAAGCAGGAGGUUUCACAGGCGGGUUUGCUGCUAUGUAGCCACUGGGAUCGGGCUCAAUCCCAGUGGUUCACACAAGCAUGAAAAACUGGGCUGGGCUCCCUUUGCCCGGUUUUGCAUGCUCUUUUGACUAGCCUCAAGGAAUAACAGUUUGCUUUAUAGCUGCUUCCCUCAUAAACACAAAGUAAUCUUGUGCAGAUUUAACUAAGAGUUUAUUCAGAAACAAAAACACAAACAUGCUACAGGAUCCCCACUGGGACAAACUUCUUAACAACAAAACAUAAAAGGUCACUAGAUAGAAUACAACACAUCCCUCCCUUUAUAACAACCAGAAUUGAAUUAAUUUAAAAUUCUGUGACAAAUUUGUUAGGUGGUCUCCUCCUGUCACACACAUUUCUAAUUUUUGGGUUCUCUGGCACAGGAGCUGUUAGCGAUUCCACCCCCCCCCCCACCCCCCGGUGCUGAGGAUUGUCAGUCAUUUCCGUCAGCCUCCCCGUGAGGUCAAAACUGGAGGGAAGAUCAAAUUCUUCUCUGGAGAUCAGACUCCCCUCUUUUCUCAUAGUAUGCAUACUGGAAAGUCUCGAACUGGUCCAUUUCCUUCCAUUACCCAAUAGGACAGAAUCUCCCCAGAUUUCAAUUAUUUGUUAUGGUCCAGAAUAUCAGGAACAUUCCUUUCUCACUUUAUAAGGCAGCACUUUUACUUGUGCAAAGUGCCCCACCUGCAAUGUCCACUGUUUCACACCCUGAGGCUCUUCACACGAGCAGUGUGGAGAGCUGUAUGGGGUUAGGUGUGGAGAGCGGGUCAAGCCUGCUCUCCCUGCACACUAGCACACACAGAGCCCUGGGUGGCUGGAUCGGCCGCACACACAAUUAUCAGCUCUGUCAUGGAGCUGGUAGGGCCUGCUGGGAUUGGGGGCCACCUGGUCCCUGGAAGUCCCAGGAUACCCCACUUGAUGUGUGCGGGGCAUCCUGGGGCGACCCCCGAGACUGGGAGGCUUGUUUUAGCCUCCCAGUGGGGGUCUCCUUGUGAGUCACCGCAGCAUAGAGCUGUGUCGUGGCGACUCGCGAUGGCCAAAAUGGGGUUAGCGGAGCACUCACUCUGCUAACCUCAUGGGGGGGGGGACUUAAGCGGGCUAACCACCGGGAGCUGUGUGGCUCCUAGCGGUUCCUACAACCGCAGGAAAGUGGGCUGGGCUCUUUUAGCCCGCUUUCCUGAGGUUGUGAGAAUAGCCUCCCUGUUUCUGACCCAAUACAAUUUGUGUUUUUGUUGCUUCUCCCUUACCCAAUCGUGUGUCUCUGCAUCCUCAGAGUGAGAUGGCAUGGCAAACCCUAUCAGUUGUUGCCAUUGGGUAAGUUUGGUGGUUGCUUUGCGUUCUCUCAGCAAUUCAAAAGGUGAUUUUCCUAAAGUAGAAUGAGGAGUGGUUCAAUAAGCAAAUAGAGUUUCACGGAUUGCCUCUUUCCAGGGUUGUUGCAUAGUAUCCAGUUGUAAACUUUCCUUCACUAACCUCUUCAUUCUUUCCACUAAGCCAUUCCCUAGAGGAUGGUAUAAGGAACUUGGAAGUAUUCGUUAUGUAAGUAUUGCUCAAUUUAAAAUGAGGUAAGCUGUGUCCCAUUGUCAGUCACAAGUUCUUUAUGAAGACCUUCCCUCACAAAACCUGCAGCCAUUAACAGCAAAACUUAGAAGAUUACUAGAUAGAAUACAACAGAGUGUUAUGAUGAAGGGGUGGUUUGAGCUUAGAUAUUACUCUUCUAGAGGAGAAAAUAGCCAUUGACAACCCCUAUCAGGCUGCUCUUUGACAGACAAAUGUUCUAAAGUUACCCCUGGAAAGUCUCAUGCUGACUCAGUCGAAGCCUGGAGAAGCAGUGUUAAUUUAUCCAUUUGAAGUUGCACAGCCUGGAGAAAUGCUAUUCCAGGGCACUGGCAAAGAGGAUGGGAUACUGAUCUUGCCAAAUCUUUUUCAGAUUCCUCCAAGAGCGCUAGGCAUCCUUCAAAACCUGACAAAAGAACUGGGAAAGAGCUGCCUGGUGUAGAACUUUCCAGGAGUUUACCUUUCUUUCUGGAACAUCAAGGGAACACGCAUUUACAUAGCCAAAGACACACAUGGCAGAGGGAGAGUCCUCAAGGCACUGGGAGGCAGAGAGACGGGAUGUCAAGAGAGCAGAAGCCAGGCUCAACCGUGGACUGAGGAAUCUGGAAGAUGCCCGCCUCUCGUAUUUGAACUCAAUGACCAAGGAACAGAGGAGACUGCAGCAGGAACUCCUGAAGUUGCAGGAAAGCUGUUCCAAACAAAAGCUCUCAGUGGGUGCAAGACAUAUUAGCACAAAGCCACUUUUCCCUUUGCUGUCGCCACAGACAGGGCAGGAUUACUUGAGCUCCUAUGAUGCAACACUGUGGUCCAGGAAGAAACUAUUGCCCAAAGCUGGGAGACCUUUAGGGGCAAGCUGCUUUCCAUCACAUCUACAGACACUCAACAGUGAUGUCUCAGGAUAUGAAGGGGACAGAAAAGAGCACUUGCCAUCUUUGAAGGCUAAAGACCAAAACAACAUUGCUGACAGUAAUGUGGCCACCCUUAAACACUCCAUUGCCAAGCUGCUGAGCAUCUCAGCAGAGUCUGCGGAGCAAGAGGAAACUGACAGUAAAGAAGAUCAAGAGAAGGGGCCUUCAAAGGAAGAGGCUAGAGCUGCUGGAGCCAAAGGCACCAUCCCCAAACUCCUAAAUCUUCCAGGGAAGCAAAGACCCUCCAUUGAUCAUGAGAGGUUGAUCCUGGAUGCAGAGGCCUAUGGUGUGGAUGGACGCCUCAGGACCAUGUAUACCAGGCCAGAGUUCCUCAAAUCUUAUGCUGAAGCUAGGAAAGCCCGCUACAUCCGCCAUAAAGACAUUCCAGCCUGGGAAAAGGAACUCAGCCUCCAAGAAAUAUUUGGACACAAAAGGGCCGUGGAGCAUUCCCCUCAGGAGUAGGCUGUGAUGAAACCCAAGCCCUAUGUGGAGGGACUUCUGGCCUAGUCAAGGGUUGUAAGAUCUUGCAAAGGAAAACACAACACUCUUCUGUAGAACUGGCUGUGGCAACUAAGACCAUCAGGCUGCAGGUCUGUAUGACCUGCAGCCUGCCAACCCAGCCAGUUUGUCAGCUGUGCUUUGUGGCUUGCUAGAUGUUUGGUGCCUUACCCCCUUUUGCAAUUCAAGGCAGGCUGCAGAAACUAGUGGAUCAAUAUAAAUGGCUGGAGGUUUUUCAUACCCAGCUUUUAGUUUGCAUCUCCUCCGGAAUGGAGGGUGUGCAUUCACAUAUCGGCCAAAUUUACCCCAAAGUCCCUGCGAGCUGUGGGGGAGCACUCACAAUUCCGAUUUUUCAUUGUGCGUUGGAGUGUAGCCCGAUAUACAUCUGGUAAAAAAAUCCACUUUGGGCAUUACAUUUUUAGGGCAACUUUGAACUCGCAGUAAAGCCUUGCAGAAAACCUGUGGUAAACCCACAGUAAAGCAGGCUGUCUGGGAAAGCUCCUGGUGGUUGUGGAGGCCCGGUAUACAGGCUAGAGCUAGAAGUAACCUUUUCCAGAGACUGUGGACAGUUUAAUAACUUAAUCACUUCCCCUGGUCCACAAGUAAUUCUUUUCUAUUCCACAACUGGGCUUGGAUCAAACUGGGUUUUGCAGUUUUCCAGCACUAACCCUACUGAGCUGGGGGAAACCAGGUUUCUCCUUUUAGAAGUAAAGAGGACAGAACUAGACAGAGAGGAGUGUGCAGCUGCCACUCCACAGCUCUUCACUUUCUCUUCCUCAUUACCUCGAAUACAACGUGUGAUAUCAUUGCAAUGCUUGUGUCCCUGUCUCUGCCCUGGCAGCCUCGGACAUGCAAGGCGGGUGGGGUGGAGAUACACACACACACACAGCACAAUCAUGCCGUGUUACGCAUUGCAUUUGCUACAAGGGAGAGGCAGCAAAGAGACACAAGUGGCAGCAACCUUUAUAAUAUGUAGGUCUCCCCAAAGCCUGAUAUGCAGGGCUGCUGUAUGCACUUACUGGCUUGUAACUUCCCACAACAUUGCUGGGGCCAAGAAAGUUUUAUAUACACGUUCCAGUAGUUUUAAAUGGGUUUUUUAAAUGUAUCAAAUGAAACCCCUGCAAACUGGACAAAGAGAUACCUCUUAAAGUGGUGGCUCUCUUAUAUUUGGCAGAGGUAGCAAAUGUCCCUGUUCAUCCCAGCAUCACAUUUCUCCUGGUGGCUGUUUGCCGGUGUCUCUCUUUGUUUUCUUAUACCUUUUGCUAUGUAAACUGAUCGGAGAACUUUUUGAAAGUUUUGAGAACUGUUGAAGAGUGCUAUGUAAAUAUCAUUCAUAAAAUAAAAUAAAAUAAUUAUAAUAUAGGGGCCACAGAAAUCACCAUCAGCCAACUACAAAAAACAACUUUACUAGGAACAGCCUAUAUUCUGCGACUAUAUCUAUAAUAACAACAACAAUAAAUAAAAUAAAAUCCAGCCAUCCCAGGUCCUUGGGAAGCACUUGAUGUCUGGAUAAAACAGACCAGUCUGACUGUGUAAACAAGUAAUAAUAUAAUAACGAAGAAGGAGGAGGAGGAGGCGGCGGCGGCAGCAGCUACCUGGUCCCCUGUACAUAGCAAUAUCCUGCUACUUAAAUAUAAUGUAAAAUAUUUUGUAAUGCCUUUUCACUUCACAGCAUGUAUUCCCCUUCUUCAGCAUUAGUAUUAUCACCUGUAUUUUAAAAUAUUUUAAAAUGGUAAAAUAGGCUUUAUUCUCCACCCCUCCCUCCCUCUGCCAUAUUCAUAGCUAUACCUAUUCACUAAAGCACAGGUAGGCAACCUUGGUUCGCCAGCUGUUGCUGAACUACAGCUCCCAUCAUGCUCAGCCACAAUAAAUUGUGGCUUGGAAUGCUGGAAAUUGUAGUUCAGCAGCACCUAGAAAGUCAAGGUUUACUACCUUUGCACUAAAGUAGUGGUUCCCAACCUGGGUUCCUCCAGAUUUUGCUGAACUACAACUCCCAGCAUCCUCAGUCACAAAAAGUUGUAGCUGGGGAUGAUGGGAGUUGUAGUUCAGCAACAUCUGGAGGAGGAGCCCAGGUUGGGAAUCACUGUACUAAAUUAAGUAUUACUUCUCUAUGGGACUCAUUUAUUCAGUUCUAGGGACCACAAUAGAAAUGCUAGUUCAUAUUUUGGUUAUAUUUCAUUAACAUACUUCCCAUUUCAGUUUAAUUUAAUUAGCACAUCACUGUACCUUGUUUCUCACCAGCACCUGCCAGCUUUUGUUAAUGUGUCCUGAAUCUUAUUUCUCUCCUUGAAAUGAGUUAUGAGGCUUACAUUACUGUCCUCCUUAAGCCCAGCAAGGAUCCUGAUUUAUGUACUAGCUAUGAACCUAUUACUUAGUUAAAUAUGGCUGCUAAGAUACUGACAAUUCUGCUGGCACGUAGGGUAUAGACUAUGCUCCCUACCAUUAUUCAUCCAGUUCAGACAGGGUUUAUAUCUGGCCAUCAAGAAUCAGAUAAUAUUAGAUUGUUGAUUGAUAUACUAGCCUUAUCCUUGGAGAAGCAAGAGCAGGCUGCUAUAAUUUCUUUAGACGGUGGAGAAGGCAUUUGACAUGGUCAAUCUGGGGUUCCUGAAGCAUGUUUUGAUCAAAUUUGGAUUUCCCGCAGGUUUUUUGACUUGGUUACUAUGCGGUAUAUAGCCCCUUAUGAGUCAUUACCAAUGGACUAUUUCCCCCUACAAUUAGGCUAGAACAGAGCGCACACACCAGGGAUGUCUUCUACCUCUUCUUUUUUUCAAUAUGGUGUAGCCACUGGCUUGUGCUAUUACAUUCUGAUAACAUAAAUAACAUAUUACACCAGGCAGGAUUGAGCACAAGUUGAUUCUAUAUGCAGAUGAUAUUUUAUGCUUUAUUGUAAACCAGAGGUCUCAAUUCCUAAUCUUAUUUCAUUAGUUCAAAAGUUUGAUAAUUUAAUAGGUUACUCUAUCAAUUGGGGUCAAUUGGAUUUGAUGCCUUUAGAUGCUACAGAUUUUGCUGAUGAUUGUAAGGUUUGGUGUUUUAGGUGGUAUCCAGAUUCCCUUGUGUAUUUAGGCAUAGUAAUCUCUAGGAAGCUUUCUCAAUUAGUUAAUUUAAAUUUUUCCAAAUUUUUGGUUCAAAUGCAAAAUGACUUCGAUUGGUGGCCUACAAUUUGUAUUUGGGUCAAAAGAAAUGUGAUUAAGAUGAAUCUAACACUGAGGCUCAUAUAUAUUUCAAGAGAUCUUCCAAUCCUUGUACCUUCAUAAUAUAUAAAGUGAGUGUAUAAAUGAGUUAAUGGCUUCUUAUGGCAAGGGCACCCACCUAGAUUCUCAUGUUGUAAAUGCCAAAUACCCAUUGAAGAAGGCGGGUUUAACUUUCCACAUUUUCAAGCUUAUCAUUGGGCAUUUAUUCGAUCUUCAGCCCUAGGGUGGAACAAUGAGUCUCAGGUUUCAGCUAUGCCUUGGGUACAGCUCGAAAGUUAUCUGACCCCACGGAAAUCUUGGCAAGUGCUAGGUUCAUCAAUUGUUUGUGGAUCUGUGUCAUUACUUGUGUUUAAAGCCACAAGGCAUAUAUGGAGAAUUUUGGGAAGUAGACACGGUUUUGAUCCCUCUUUGCAUGAAAAGCUCACACUAUGGGAGAAUCCCUCUUUAAAGAUUGCUUGUAUAACUUUUGGUGGGAGGGAAACUGGGCCUCCCACAAUGUCAUUAAAUGAGAUCAAUCGA